AUGUGGGAUUGGGUGAGUGGCAAUAAGCCUCAGUUUGAUCUAGUCACCAUCACGCCUCCGUGGAUCUACGGUCCUUACGGUGCGGAUCUCAAGAGCACCAAGCACUUAUGCGAAUCACUCAGUCUUCUCUGGAGCAUGGUAGACGGAGAAGGCGUUGUACCUUUUGACUUCGGCGGCUAUGCCGAUGCCCGUGAGAUCUCUGCAGCCCAUGUUUUGGCGCGCCAGGUUGCAGAGGCCGGAGGGCAAAGGUUCUGGGUUGGCCAAGGCUUUCAGUACCAGUCCGCAAUAGACACUGCCAAAGUUCGUGUUCCGGAGUUGGAAGACAGAUUGCCAGAGGGGUAA